UGUAGUUGGGUCCCGUCUCCAUAGUAACGCAUGUAAACUGUCAGAAACAUGGCCACCAUGGUGAAGCUACAGAGGAAGAUAAACGGAAUUAAAGAAGAAAGUUUUAAUAGGAACAGGGUUGCUGAGGAAAACAGAAGAAAAGAACACAAGGCAGCUCUUCUGAUUCAGAGCUGGUUUAGAGGAUGCAGAGUGCGAGCAUAUCUCAGGCACCUACAACGAAAGGCAACUACUAUCCAGAAAAUAUGGCGAGGCUACCUUGGAAGAAUGUACUUCAGAAGAAUGGUGAAGACAGCAUAUUUUAUUAUGAAGAUGAAUUUCUACAAUGAGAUGGCUGUCAGGAUUCAGAAAAGAUGGCGAGCCUAUUAUGUACGGAAAUAUGUCCAUAAUUACUAUGCACUGAAGCAGUAUUUGGAAGGUCUCACCAUGACAAAUGAAAUUGUUAGAAGGGAGUUGGAGGAGUUUGCAGUGAUAAAAUCAAGAGAGCGGGAGAAAACAGCACUGGAAAGUGGAGAGAGGAAAAAGGAUUACCUAGCUCGAAAGAUGCAUUACCUCGUCAGCACUGAGCAGAUAGCAGGUGUGUUUAACUCACCGUACAAACUUUUCCCUGAUGAGAUGGAGUUCAGACUGCGUGGUGCCAAACCCCUGAGUCCUAAGGCAUCUCGGUCAAGAAAGCACGGCACUGAGGGGAUUGUGGAAACAUCAGCACCUGGCACCCCUUUCACCUUACCUCAGAUUGAGCAUUUACCACCAAUUCCCAAAAAGAAACAGCAGGGGCCCUUCCGAGAUCCCACUGAAGUAUUGCUGCAGCGCUACAAGCCUCUGGAGCCAACCUUGCGGGUGGCGACAUCAAUCAUGUCAGUGGAGGAGGCCAGAGAGGAGCUGAAGAGAAAGGAGUGGGGGAGCCGGGUGAAUGACGAGUUAUUCCAUCAUUUCUCUAAUGCAAACAAGAGCAGGAGACAUGAGCUGAUGCUUCACACAUCAUCCAAAUUUGGACAUGUCGACUAUGGCACCAAACACUUCAGAGAGGAAAACCCAGAGAAACUGAAAGGAAAGAAGGACUUCAAAAGGGUGUUCACAACAGUCCAAGUCUUUGACAAGUUUGGAAAAAUGUAUUCCAGUGCUGGGAAGGCUGUUUGAAGAAAAUAUAUUUUUGGCUGGAACAAUUUGUGAAUUUUAAACAAAUAAAAUAAGUAGGCCUAAUCAAGGAGGAGCUUUUGUAUUUUUUCUCCACCUAUUUGCCUUUCUACAUACUAAUAUUUUUAACUUGUAUAACUUUGUUAAUUGUGCUAUUCUUUUGGUCAAUUCCUAAUUAAAAUAAAAAUAAUAAUAAUAAUAAUAAUAAUAAUAAUAAUAAUAAAAAUAAUAAUAAUAAUAAUAAUAAUGUAAGACUUCCUUGAGUUCAGCAGUAAAAUAAUGUGGUUAUGUGGCCCUAUCGUACAAUUCUUUGUCAUAAUUUCAUGUGUGGUACCUUCUCAGGAGUUGAAUUUAUUUACCAUAGAAAUUGUUUACCACCGAAUUAUACUCUUGAAUUCGUAAAUAGCUGAUUGGUACUACAUGGUUACUUGUUGAAGUCUUAGUAAAGUACAUCUAGUUCGUUUAAAUCUAAUAUUAAUUUUGUUAGAAUUUGGAGCACUCCACUUGUAUGUUUACAUUCUGAAAGUUUAAGCUAUUUGCUUUUAGACUAUACACUGAAUAUGAAGACAAACCUGUAAAAGGUUACCAGAUCCUUUAAAAGGCAAAAGCUUUUAAAAUAACCCUGUGAAAAACAAGUGCUAUAGUAAUGGUUUGAAAAAGAAGAUCAUUUCAAACAAAUUGUUUUAUUUUCUAAUUCAACUUUUUCACAACUACAGGAUGUUUGCUUAAAUCGCAUUUCAAAGAGUAGUUCAAGUUUCAUUUUGGGAGAAACUACUAGUAAUCAGUGGAGGCUCCUUAGAGAUGAUAAGGGAGGCAGUGCCUUCUCAAAAUGUUAUGUAGCAUUACAAUAUAAUAAUGUUCAAUAAAACUAAAUAAAAUUAGUCUAAAAUCUAAGAAAAAUUUACAUUAAGCCUGUCAACAUUCCUAUAUUAAAGGGUACAUAAGGACCUUUUUAUUUUAUUGUGUUACAUGUUCCCAUGUGUUGCUACAGCUGUUUAUGUAAGGUGUGUGUAUUGUUUUCAUUUUUUUUUGUUUUCUUUUUUUACAUUUAGACCACUUUUUUUAACCCUUUGAGUAGUACGAACGUACCGAUACGUUCGCAGCUCUCUGGUCCCCAAGGAGUACGAACGUACCGGUACGUUCUGCAACUUUAAACUUGAAUUACUGAGCCUACAAAACCCCUGAUCACAUAGUAUUGUAACGUUAGGCUUCUGUAACACCUUUUAUUGGUCUCUUGUGCCCUCUUCCACAUUGACUGAAUAUUGACUGACAUAA